AUGGGUCGGGAGCAGAAGCGUCGCCAAGAAGCUCGAAAAGCCAAGCAGCUUGUUGAGCAAGGCCAAGUGGAACGCAGGUUGCCCACCACUGAGGAGGCGCAGGCUCUGAUUUCAUGCAUUGACAGAGGUGAGGUCCAGCAUUUUGGCAUUACUACUCUGGCCGCUUUAGAAUUGAAUGGGCGCCACGAAGCGCCCUGGUGCUGCGGCGUGCGCGAAAUCUCAUUGGUCGACUUUGCUGCGUGGCGAGGCCGUGACAGUUUUGUGUCGGCCUUGGUCAGUGCGAAGGCCGACCCGACAGAGAAAGCCGUCAACACGCUGGAGCGGUUGCCGAAACCCUAUGUGGCUUGGCUUGCACGGGCCGCUGCCAAGGCAAGGCACACAGCAAACACCCUAAACGCGCAGACUGAGAUCGCGGAUGCAGCACCUCAACCAACCUGUGUGUGCGGCGAAGGGGCACAGUGGGUAUUUUCGCCCUGUGGCCACCGCUGCUGCUAUCGAUGUCCCUGGCGAGCCUUCCAUGGCUUUAGCCUCGGGCAACUGCCCGAACUCUUGUGCCCUCUGUGCGGAGCGGUCUUCCAGGAUCCCGCUCUGAACUUCACUGGACAGCGGCGCGGCAUUAUCAGGCAUGGUCCACUUCCCGGCGCUGCUGCAGCUUGCGCAACGUGUGGGUGCUUGAAUGCACGCGAGUGGUCCUGCUGCAUUAAUUGCAACUUCAUGGUCGAACAAGUGCCUGUCUACCAGGUCCAGAAAGAGGCCGAGAAGGAGGUGUCGUGCUUUGAGUACUUCUUGCCUUGGCUUAGCACAAACUGGCAGAGGGCCAUGCGAAGGCGGCGGACUUUGAAGAAGUGGCAUAAGUUGCCCAACGAGAUUCCUCAAAAUGUGGAAGAACGCUUGGAGCUCCAAGCCACUCUCGCAGCUCUCGCGCAACCCCGAGUCACCGAUGGCUUGUGCUUGGACUCCUGGAUGUGUGAUACGCGUGCACCCUGGACGGCCUGGACCCGUGCCGGCUUCGCCUGCUUCUUUGCUUCGAAAGCUUCGCAAGUUUCGACUUCGCCGCCGAAGCCGGUGAAGCGCCUGGCGGGCGCCUUCCGUGCCUUGAGCGUCUGGGAGGCGGCUUGCGAGAGGCUGGGCGCCACACGCGCGAACCGUUCCGAACGCUUCCGUUCGGCGGCAGAAGUUGGAGACGCCAGGCGCGUCGAAGCGAUGCUGAGAGCCGGUGUUGAUGUGGACUCUGCGAACGAAUAUGGCCAGACUCCCAUCUUCCUGGCCGCUUUCGAAGGUCAUCUCGACGUGGUUGAGCUGCUUCUUGCCUGGGGCGCUGAUCCUGGCAAGCCGUGUCAUGGUGGUAGUCUUCCGAUCACUGCAGCAGUGGCGCGGGGCAACUCUGCGAUUGCAAGUUGCCUUGCUGAGGGAGCGGCUCCCUUGGCUCCAUCUGUACUGCCUUCAGCAGAGAGGGGUGCGGCAGUGAGACUACCGUUGCCAGAGAACCUGACGCAGCUCGGAGCCAUGUAUGUAGAUGGUGCGCUCGAUGAAGCCUUCCUGACAUGGCUCCAGGAGCUUUGGAAGUCCCUUCCGCCAGCUCCCUUUGCCCAUGAGGGCGAUGCGCAGUUGGCGGAAGAGGACUCCAGCGUGCAACCACAGAAGCCGUGCAAUCGAUCAAAGGCUCGAGGGCGUGGAGUGGAUCGGAGUCGCCAAGAUUCCGCCCCACAACGAAGCUACUACUUCGAUGCAGAGGGCCUUGUGGCCACACAGCUUGCAGCGGCACUUGCAGGAGUGGUGGAACAGUGUACUUGCUCAGAGGCGGUUCCGCAGAUGCGCUUUCUGCAUUACGCCCAAGCCGGGGGCUAUCUCCCGCCACACACAGACCUUGCGAGGCGUGAUUGGCGCACUGGGGGCCGAACGAGCCACACCUUCAUUUUGUACCUGGAGGGGUCUACGGUGCAGGGAGGUGGUGAAACAGUGCUUCUCGAGAGCCUUUUGGGCGAGGUGCUUGCCGAAGUGAGCCCGGUUCGUGGAAGGCUCCUGAUAUUUCCACACGAGUGUGCACACAAGGCAAUGCCCGUGCUGCAGCCAAAGCUUCUGCUCCGCGGCGAGAUGAGAUGA